AUCUAUCCUGUAAAGGAGAAGCGCCAUCUGAUGGACGGUAUUUACUACUGCAACGCGCCUCGUUGCAGUUCAAGAAUUCAAGGGCGGAAUCAAAUGUAUCCCCGUUUCCUUUUCGACACUUUGUAACCCACUUUCAUCAGCGAGGCAAAGUUACUAUGUAACUUUUUAAAGCAAAAACAAGCGUGUAAGUCUAAACUAUUUACAACCAACAGAUCAUCGACGGACUAAACUUUUUAGCUACCGUGCCUCUCUUAAAACACUGUCAACAAAACUAAACCUUCGCUCCAAUAUCGUCGGGUUUGAUGUGGAAACCUAUUUCCCUAAAACUCCCUGAUCCGUCGUCUCCUGUAGGACAGGCAACACGAUCUCCUCCUAACUCUAUUCUCUAUUUUUGUGCUUCCUUGUGCUGCCAAGCCCCUGACGUAAUGCUCCGUGUUAAUUAUUAGCAUGUGGGAAGUGAUGCCGAGACUCUCCUCUGCUGCUUAAACAAGAGCGACUGACUGCGGGGAGAAAAACCUCGUCAUGAUGGCAAAACACACUGACCCAGAGUGAAGGGACACCCGCUCCCCGUCCCGUCUUGUCCCGUCCUGCGAUCAGCACCCAUGCAACUGCGCCUUUAGGUGGAUGAUAAAAGAUGUUUUCUGUUGAAAAUGCCAUCUGGACAGACACUGCAUGCUGGAGGAAAGCUGAGGAAUAGUUUGUAAGCCCAUAGGGAUUCCCUACCACCAAGCCUAACAUCAGAACCCAAGAGCGAAGAUGCGACACAUCGGAACCCAAUAGAGUAACAUCUCAGAUGGCUUUUUUCAUAUAAACCUCAAAGUAAAAAGGGAAACUCGAGUGUUAUUUUUGGAUACAUCUCCAUGGUGAGACUCCUUUGAGCUGCAAGGAAUCACAGGCGCUUAGGAAGGAAUCCAGAGAGUCUUGGCCAUCUUUCCGUCUCUAGAAAACCCAGAGUCUUGGUGUCCCGUGCCACCCCACUAGAUCAUGAUGUUUCGUGACCAAGUGGGAGUCCUCGCCGGCUGGUUUAAGGGGUGGAAUGAAUGCGAGCAGACGGUGGCGUUAUUGUCGCUCCUCAAGCGCGUCAGUCGUACCCAAGCGCGCUUCCUGCAGCUCUGUUUGGAGCAUUCCUUGGCCGACUGCACCGAGCUUCAUGUUCUGGAAAGAGAAGCCAAUAACCCAGUGUUGAUAAGUCAGUGGCAGACCGAACCUAAGGAGCGGGUCAUCUCUCUGGUUCUGACCCAUCUGCCUCUCCUUAAACCGGGCAAUGCAGAGGCCAAGGUGGAAUACAUGAGUCUGCUCCCCAAAAUAUUGAGCCACACCAUCGAACAUGGACGGCACCUGGAGGAAAGCCGGCAGCUUCUGUCGUAUGCUCUCAUCCACCCGGCGACGUCUCUCGAAGACCGGGCAAACCUUGCCCUUUGGCUCAACCACCUGGAAGAACGGGCGGCCGCCCGAGGAGCUGGAGACUCCUUGGAGCGGGCGCCUUCAUCUCAUCACGGGCAACCUCCGCACCUUUACACCCACCACCAGCGCUACGGCUCAGAUGACCGUCUUAACGGCUGGCAGAGCUCAAGGGGCUCCGGGCUGGGAAGUUGGCAGCAGCAGCAACAACAGGGUUGUGAAAACGGGCAUCUUUUGCUGUACCCAUCAUCCUCUGUUCCUUCCACUAUCAACGCCGUAGGUACAGGCAGUGGGACCAACACAAUGCUGACGGGCGGGCAACACAGUCCUCUGAGGCGUUCGGUGUCUCUGACCCCUCCGAUGAGCGGCGGAUCGAAUCAGCCUCUGGGGCACGGCUGGCUCUCUCAGGAGGACUUGCGUCCCCGCGGGCCGGCCCCUGACCACGCCCCUCUCUCUCCUCAGAGCAGCGUGGCGUCUUCGGGCAGCGGAGGCAGCGAGCAUCUGGAGGAACACGCUGCCGUCCGGAGUACAUUGCAUGAGGAGGGAAGCGGAAUGAGAGAUGUUCCAUCAUGGCUGAAGAGUCUGCGUCUCCAUAAGUAUGCUGCACUGUUUUCCUCCAUGAACUAUGAUGAGAUGAUGUCACUCACAGAGCAGCAGCUGGAAGCUCAGCAAGUUACCAAAGGGGCGCGACACAAGAUCAUCAUCAGUAUUCUGAAGCUGAAGGACAGACAAAAUAUGCUCCGCUGUCUAGAGAAGGACAUACUGGAGGGAGGGAAUUUACGUGCUCCUUUACAGGAGCUCCACCAGAUGAUCCAGACCCCCAUUAAGGCCUGCAGCACAGAAGAGUCGUCACAGCGCCACCCGCUGAGCGCUGAAGGGAAAAGCACCAUGGCCAGUUCUCAUCUCGGCGGAGGAGAGACGGAAAGCAGCUCUACGGUCAUAGCCGAGGGGGACAUACCUGCUCAAUUCACCCGUGUCAUGGGCAAAGUUUGCACACAACUCCUUGUCUCCGGAUCAGAUGAGGAGAACAUUAGCUCCUACCUACAGCUUAUUGAUAAAUGCCUAAUUCACGAGGCCUUCACGGAGACGCAGAAGAAGAGGUUGUUGUCAUGGAAACAGCAGGUGCAGGUGCAGUUUCGGUCAAUCUCGCGGAAAACUCUGCUGGACCUAACAGGACCCAGACGAAGUAGCCGCUACGGCCAAUCCAACUCCCUCCCAUCCUCUGGCUGCGUGGGCAGCGGCGUUCCCACCCGGAGGAACCUGCGCCAGUAUCAAAUGAGAAAUUUGUCUUGCGUGAGACCCCUUUUGGGCACCACCGGGCUGUUCGGACCAACCCCCAGGAGUGGCAGUAGCACACCGACCGGCCUGAAACAGGGAAGACAGGGUUUGUGGUUUGCCAACCCGGGGGGCAGCAACAGCAUGCCCAGCCGCACCCACAGCUCAGUUCAGAGGACUCGAUCGCUUCCCGUCCACACCAACCCACAAACCCUGGCCAUGUUCCAGCAGACAGAUUUGCAAGUGCCUGUGACUGAGCCUGACAUCAAUAACCGUUUGGAGUCUUUAUGUCUCAGUAUGACAGAACACGCUCUUGGAGAUGGUGUCGAUCGAACUUCAACCAUCUGAAAGGAGGACGGAGAACGAAGGCGGCAAGCCUGGCAACAGGGGAAAGAUCAUCAUGAGGUCACGAGCCCCUCUGUCUACAAAACCCCCUCCCUCCCUUUCCACCUGUUCAUCUACCACCACACAGCCGACGGUAGGGGUGGUAUUCGGUGUAGGGGCGUGGUCUACACAGUGCCAAUCAUCAUAUUUUGGACGGCUUCACCCAAGCAAGCUGUCACAAUGACUACUGUGUGUUUACAUUGGAUUUUGGGAGAAUUUUAACGCUCAAAACCUUUAAUUCCUCCGAGGAAAGGGUCAUUGUGAUGACGGUCCGUCAGGCGUGACGGCCCACCCUGAGACCUUCAGGUAGCUGUCAACGAAGUCGCUUUAUCAAAACCAGCAGACAAAAUCAGCUCAAUGACAUAUCGUUACACGUUUUCUGUUAACUGCCAACAGGUUUAUGAAAUGAAGUCAGUCUGUGCGUGGCCUAAAAAUAUGACAAAAUAGUAUGUUGUUUACACAUAAUGCUGUCAGAGAUAUCGGGACAGUGAUUUUUUUUUAAACAGAUGCGAGUGUCAACGGUAUACAGCUUUAGUUUCCUACGUGGCCUUCAUAGUUUACAUUUGUAUUGUUGUUUAUUAUUUUGUUUAUGUUGUUUUUUGUGCCAGCUGGAAAGCUGUUUUGCAGCACUAUCGAGGCAGAGACGGAGCUACGGAUGGUACUCCAAAAAAAAAAAAUGGCAAGAGAAAGUGAUGGAGCAGAGGUGAGAUGAUGUGAUUGGAUGGGAAAACAGGAAGUGAUGCAAGAGGUGUAGAUGUCUGUGGAGAUGUGAAGGAGCGAGGAACGUCACAGAUGGAUACUGACGUAAAGUGCAAAGGUUGAGGGAAAUCAGUAGGUCAUAGUUUGGCUCUGAGUCGACAGAUAUGAGCAUGAGUUUGUUAGUCCAUAUGGGAGAAAUACCAGCAAAUGCAAGUAGAUGUAAAGGUCGAGGCAAGGUUGGAGAUUUAGAGGUCAUUUUUGGCAUUCAUUUUGGGCCUGUGGAGUGGAUGCAAACAUGGUCAAACAUGUUACAUUUUAGCUUGAAAGGAAUCACAUUAGCCAUAAUUUAUUGUAGAUAAACGCAGAAGGAUUGGUGGAUGUGUAAAGCUUUUCAGAAAUGCAAAAAUGUGAUUCUCUGUACAGUAGGUCUGAAGUUGCUUUACAAUGCUUAAAGGGAUAGUUCACCCAAAAAUGAAUUAUUUACUCACCCUUAUUUUGUUACAAACCGGUAUAAGUUUCAUUGUUCUGCUGAACACAAAAUAAAAAAAUACACUGCAAAAAAUGAUUUUUAAGAAAAAAAUUAUUUUGUCUCGUUUUCAGUAAAAAUAUCAAAAAAUUCUUUAAGAUGCUUUUUCUUGAUGAGGGAAACGACCAAAGAAAAUUUGUGAAAUUUUUUGACCAAAAAUAUCAAAUUUAAGUGAAAACAAAAUAAAACAAGCAAAAAAAAUCUGGCCAUGGGGUAAGCAAAUUUUUCUUGAAUUUUUCUUGAAUUUUUCUUGAAUUUUUCUUGAAUUUUUCUUGAAUUUAGUGUUUAAAGAUUUUUUUGCUUACCCCAUUGGCAGAUUUUUUGCUUGUUUUAUGCACAAAAUCACUUAAAUUUGAUAUUUUUGGUCUAAAAACUAGACUUAUUUUCUUGGGUCGUUUUUCUCAUCAAGAAAAAGCAUCUUAAUUUAAGAAUUUUUUUAAUUUUUACUGAAAACAAGACAAGAAUACUACGAUACAUUUUUUGCAGUGUAAAUAUUUGUAAUGAAGCAGGAAACGGAAGCACCAUUGACUUCCGUAGUAAAAAAAGAAACUCUAUUAUGGAAGUCAAUGGUGCUUAAAACUCAGGUUUGUAACAAUUUUCCUUUUUUGGGUGAACUAUCCCUUUAACAGUUAAUUUAGGAAUAUUUGAAAGCAAUGUAUCUUUUUAGUACUCUUUAGUGCAAGAUUUGGGAAAUCUCAACACGUGGUACACUUUGUCUGCAGAAUGUAAACUGUCGAUAGUAUGUGACUAUAUGUCACAAUCUCGUGCUUUAUCAAGAGAGAAAAGUUACUGUACUCUUUAACAACACUAAUCCACCAGUGAUUGGUUAUAGAGCACCACCUGGUGGUAAACUAAUGCCACUGCACAUCCUCUAAUAUAGUUCUUCAUAAUGAGGCUACAGUAUUGUCUUAAUAUCAGCCAUUAUUAGUUAAUCAUGCCAGGUAUAAACGUAGUUUGUUUACAAUAAGAAUCGUACUAGUUUAUCUGAUUUUCUGCAUGGAAAGGGUCUUGAUUUGAAAUCUGCUCUAAAAGUUGUUUUAAUCUGGGACAUUGACGUCCUUUAUGAGGGUGAUUUAUUUCGAUAUAACUUUGCUUUUUUGCCCUCGGUGCUGUGAAUCUUUGCUGAAAUCAUCAAAAGUGAAUUUGCAACGUGCAAUAGACUUUCAUUAGCGGCGUGGGAUGGGACACAGAUAAUGGUGACGUGUGCAUGUGAUGUACAAGGAAAGCUAUUGACAUUGUGACCCCGAACCGGAUCGCUCUCGGUUUGACUGGCAACUUGGCACACGUGCCCACACCUCAAAAUGUUUGUAUGCGCUUCCAAAGAAACAAGUUCAUGCGUUUUAUCUUUGUAUUCUUGAGCACAUGGUUAAAGGCACUUUGGCAUAUGUUAAGUGGUUUUAUUUUAAGAUAAUGAUGAUGAUGAUGAACAGCAGGCAUCAAGGCGAGGAAAACGCAUGUACACAUUGCCUUAAAGAAUGUCUGGUGUACUGUGUGCCACUCAAAGAUAGGUUGACCGCGCAGUGUAUCAGCUUUGUGAGUGCUUUUAAAGUGCAUGAAAUGGUAGCCAGUGUAAUAAAGCAUGUUAGCGAAAGGUUUGGCAUAGUUGGAGAAACCAUCGUGUGUGUCUGCGUGUAUAAAAAGCCACUCAUCACUGCCAUUUGAAUGAAAUUAAUUAGCAGAUUCAAAUGAUUAUUUAUUCUUGUUUUUCUAUUAUUGUUGCAGAGAUUGUAUUCAUUAGAUGUAUUAUUUAAGAUACCUUGUGUAUUAACUUUGCUAUGGCUGGUAACCAUAAGUACAUCUCAAAUAACCUAGUUAUUUUUUUGACUCUUUGCUUUAUCUCAAAAUCGUACCUGAUCGGUUUCUUGUUAAUAUUUUGUUUGCUUUCUUGAUUACUUACUUAUAAAUGCUUAUAUUUUGCUAACCCUCUCCCUGGAUGGCGUAUUUUACGGAAAGUGUUUUGUUUUUUACUUUGUCGCAUGUAAAGAGCCAGAUUUGGGGGAAUUUUAUUGCUGUUAUUCUGUUGCUGUUUUGAAAAAUUUGUACUUGAUGUCUGACCACCUCGGCUGUUACGAUAUAUACAGUAUGUGACCCUGGACCACAAAAUCUCAUUUAUAAUGGUCAAGAUUUUUAUUGAUGUAUGGUUUGUGAGUAUAGGAAAGUAUCUGGCAACUAUUUGUAAAUCUGUGGAUGCAAAAAAUAUAAUUAUUGAGAAAAUCACCUUUAUACACUGCAAAAAAUAAUGAUUUUCAAGAAAAAAAUUCUUAGUAUUUUUGUCUUGUUUUCAGUAAAAUAUUUAAAAUAUUUAAAAAUUCUUAAAUUAAAAUUAUUUUUCUUUAUGAGCAAAAUGACCCAAGAAGUUUUAAGACCAAAAACAUAUAAUUUAAGUGAUUUUGUGCAUAAAACCAUCAAAACAAAUCUGCCAAUGCAAAAAAGCUUUUUGUCUUAAAAAAAUUUUUAAACACUAAAUUCAAGAAAGAUUUGCUUACCCCUUUGUUUUAUGCACAAAAUCACUUAAAUUUGAUAUUUUUGGUCUAAAAACCAGACUUUUUUUGGGUCAUUUUGCUCAAGAAAAAAUCUUAAUUUAAGAACAUUUAGAUAUUUUUACUGAAAACAAGACUAAAAUACUAAAAAUGUUUUUUCUUGAAAAUCAUUUUUUGCAGUGUAUGAAGUCCUUAGCAACACAUAUUUCUAAUAAUAAAUAAAUUCUUGAUCAAUUUAUGGUAGGAAAUGUACAAAUAUCUUAAUGCAAAUUCUUAGUAUUUUAGUCUUGUUUUCAGUAAAAAUAUCUACAAAUAAAUUAAAUAAAAAAAGCUUUUUCUUGAAGAGCAAAAUGACCCAAGAAAAUAAGUCUAGUUUUUAGACCAAAAAUAUCAAAUUUAAGUAAUUUUGUGCAUCAAACAAGCAAAAAAAUCUGCCAAUGAGGUAAGCAAAUGUUUCUUGAAUUUUUCUUGAAUUUAGUGUUUUAAGAAAAAUUUUCACGAUUUCUUGCUUACACCAUUGGCAUAUUUUUGUGCUUGUUUUGUGCACAAAAUCACUUAAAUUUGAUUUUUUUUUUUUGUAUAAAAACUAGACUUAUUUUCUUGGGUCAUUUUUCUCAUCAAGAAAAAGCAUCUUAAUUUAAGAAUAUUUAGAUAUUUUUACUGAAAACGAGACAAAAAUACUAAGAAUUUUUUUUUCUUGAAAAUAAUUUUUUGCAGAGUGGACAUCAUUAAUAUUCCAAAUGUUUUGGCAUAAAAACUUAAUAAUAAAAAAUAAUUUUGACCCAUAAAAUGUUGCUACAAAUAUACAUCUGCUACUUAUGACUGCUUUUGUGGUCCAGGUCACAUAUUUGAUGCCAAAAUGCAUCCAGUCCCAUUGCAGCAAAUCUAAUGGUUUUGAACAAGAAUGCUGCUCGCUCUUAUUUUCUCAUUGAGUUUGAUGAAUAUUCAGCUCUGGAUUGUCCAAAAGUGACAGCAAAAGUCCAGGAUUAAAUGUCUUCGCAUCUCCAUCCCAUAUGAUGUGUAAUAUAAUUCUCGUGUGAUUUAAGGUUUUGUGCGCUUCUGUCCACAUGCAUUCGACUGCAACCAUGCAGCAAAAAUAAAAAAGUGCUGUAACAGUGUUAACAUAUACAUGCUACCUUUAUAUUCCAAAAAAAAACAA